AGGGAGACGGUCUGAUCUCCUGGAGUUAGAGCUGGUCCAGAAACUGGUCCUGUUUCAAAAUGUUGGAGGAAGACAUGGAAGUGGCCAUCAAGAUGGUGGUGGUGGGGAACGGGGCAGUUGGAAAGUCAAGCAUGAUUCAGCGCUACUGCAAGGGCAUUUUCACAAAAGACUACAAGAAAACCAUCGGCGUUGACUUUUUGGAGCGACAGAUUCAGGUUAACGACGAGGACGUGAGGCUGAUGUUAUGGGACACUGCAGGUCAAGAGGAGUUUGAUGCAAUCACAAAGGCCUACUACCGAGGAGCCCAGGCCUGUGUGCUUGUGUUCUCUACCACAGACAGGGAAUCUUUUGAAGCAAUUUCCAGCUGGAGAGAAAAAGUAGUAGCGGAAGUUGGAGAUAUACCAACCGCACUCGUACAGAACAAGAUUGAUCUGCUGGAUGAUUCAUGCAUCAAAAAUGAGGAAGCGGAGGGACUGGCCAAAAGGCUGAGGCUGAGAUUCUACAGGAUGUCCGUGAAGGAGGAUCUGAACGUGAACGAAGUUUUUAAAUAUUUGGCUGAGAAACACCUACAAAAACUGAAACAACAAAUAACUGAAGAUCCAGAGCAGACACAUUCAAGUAGUAACAAAAUUGGUGUCUUUAAUGCAUCUGUUGGAAGUCACUUGGGCCAGAAUUCAAGUUCCCUUAACGGUGGAGAUGUCAUCAACCUUAGACCUAACAAACAAAGGACCAAGAAAAGCAGAAAUCCUUUCAGCAGCUGUAGCAUACCCUAAACUGCUUUAGGGAGGAGAAGGCUGAAUGCAUCGUGCAGUUAAAGGUACCGUGUAGUUAAAGGCACCGUGUGCGGGGUGUGUCCUGCGUGUAUCAGCGGGCCUCGCACCUCGCUCUGAAAGCUGACAUUGUAAUGUUGUUCUGACACGCUUCUCAGAAUGUAGACGGAGCCCUCUGCUGGAAAAUUACUGCCCUGUGGACUCACUCUAGUUUUUUACCUUAGACGAAGCUUCUCCUGUUUUUGAAGAGAGACCAUAGGAAAUGUCAAAAACAGGUUUUGCUGAAUUUUAAAUGCUGAAAACAAAACCAACAUGACUAACUACAUUGGUAACCAUUUUACCCUGAUAGACCAAGGAGAGAUGGCGAGCAUUCUUGUUCGGAAACUGGUUGUCAAGCUUUUCUGGAAUGUUCAAUCUAAAUGCUUAAAGAACAUACUGAAGGG